AUGGAGCCAUGUGGCAAGCGUGUUGCCAGUGAUCAAUUGGCAAAGCUGCGCAUUUCGCAGCGAGUGGAGCCUCGCUGUCACUGGCGCCACGUAGUGGGGGAGGGGACCUUUGGAAGCUUCCAAGAGAGAGAUGCUAAGACAGAUCUCAGACUAUUCUGGUCCAUUCCUGCUUUUCUUGCUGCAUCCAAGCGAUGCAGCCUGCGGGGCCAGGCAGCGCUUGACCAGGAGAGUCGAAAGUCGCGUAACAAGCUGUGGUGGGCAUGCCUUGCUGCUUUGCCAGGCAGCUUUCAAUACGGCUGGGGUUUGAGUGUGAUAAAUGUUCCCCAGGCCAGCAUCUGCAGUUCUUUAGCAUUGGCGGAGGGCUCCUUAGCUUGGUCUGUUCUUGUUGCGAUUCUAUCGCCUUCUGGCCUUAUUGGGGCAUGGCUGGGUCCUGCCAUUGUAAGACGCCUGGGCUUGGUGAGAGCUCUUCGAAGCACAGCUGCCUUCUUCCUGGUCUCCGGGGCCCUGUUCCCUAUGUCGGCGCAAGCUGCCAGCACAAACCUGCCUCUCGCCUAUGUGUUGUUCGCUCUAGGAAGGGUCAUUGCUGGCGUUGGUGCUGGAGCAGCCACCGUUUUCGUCCCCCUGUACUUGGGGCAGAUUGCUCCACUUGAGCUCCGGGGCGCCAUUGGGAACUUGCACCAGGUGGCCAUCGUUUUUGGACUUCUGAUUGCGCAGUUGGCGGGUGCAGCGCUGCCCUGGUCCCAAGCAUUGGCGCUGGCAGCAGCUUUUGGCGUCGCUCAGAUUGUUUUAAUGCCACGGUUGCUGGAUGUUGAAGAGCACACGCAGGAGCCCCAGGCCGAGACUGAGAAAAGCCGCGGCUUCCAGGCGCUACUCACAGACCCCCUGGUGCGAAGGCCGCUUUACAUUGCAAUUGCUCUUAUGGCUCUCCAACAAUACAGUGGCAUCAACGGAAUCUGGUACUACAGCACGGGCUUCUUUGCAAGCGCCGGCUUGUCCAAUCCCCUAGCUGGCACGCUGCUGUCCUCAGUUGUGUUCAUGGCGGCUACAAUCCUAGCAGUGCCACUCAUUGAGAAGGCCGGAAGGCGGUCGCUGCUUCUACGAGGUCAGGUGGGGGCCAUCCUGUCCCUGGCCCUGUUGACGCUGGCGCUGUGCCUAAAGUCAGCGAUCCUGCCCCCGAGCUUGAACGGUGUUUUGAACAUGGUGGUGGUCUUGGCUGUGCUCGGCUUCGUGACGUCCUUUGCAGUGAGCUUGGGGCCAAUCCCAUGGCAGAUUGCGAAUGAGAUUUUCCCACUUCGCUGCCGUGCAGAGGCACAAUGUCUCAUCGCAUCGUUGUGUGAAAUCUUUAGCGCCAGCGUGGCGCUGGGUUUUCCAGUCUUACAGCACCGUCUAGGUUCCAGCCUUGCGUUCGCACCAAGCAUCCUGGUUCUCCUUGCCGGAGUCCUGGUCAUCAGGAAGAAUCUGCCGGAGACCAAGAAUCGGAGGGUGGAGGACAUUCUGGCAGAGUUCAAUCGUCCAUCGGAGAAGUUGAUCGAUUAA